AUGUCAUUGCUUGCUACACCCGAUACGACGCAUCAUCCUGCAUCCCCUUUGAUAGGCACUCCUGUUAGAGAUAGCGCAAGUUCCAGCCCACGACCUUCUCAGCCUUCGCGAAAAGGCCGUCGUGACUUGCUAAAGGACUAUUAUGGUUUAGCUGAAAGUACAGUAACAGAAAAGAGUGCUGCGGUCUCCAGCACUACUAGUGCCCAGAUUCAGAGUGAUGCAACCUCGCCCAUGUCUGUUGCUACAGAGUUGUUUCCAAAGAGAGCAGACCCAAUUGAUAAUGAUUCCGAGGCUUACCAUCCUGAGCUUGCAUUAAACAAAAUGCUCAAGGAAAUGACGCUUCCAGAACUCAUUAAAAAAGACAACCAGCUUGUGUCGGAAAUCAAGGACCUAGAUGGAAGUAUGAAAACCCUUGUAUAUGAAAAUUAUAGCAAAUUUAUUUCGGCCACAGAUACUAUUCGAAAGAUGAAAGUCAAUGCCGAAGAAAUGGAAACACAGAUCUCACUGUUGGAAAAAAGAAUUGGUGCAAUCACUGGAUCCGCCGAAAAUAUUCAUGCUACAUUGGCACCACAAAGAGCCAAGAUCCAUCAACUAAGCGGAGUUCAUAAUCUGAUUAAAAAGCUCAACUUUUUAUUCGAGUUGCCAAAUAAGUUGACUGAGUGUGUUAAAGCGAAACAAUAUUCUCAAGCAGUAGCUUACUAUGCUAAAACAGGAAGACUCUUGACUCACUAUAAGCACAUGCAGAUCUUUAGACAGAUAGAAGAGGAAUGCGCAUUGAUUAUAGCUGAUGUUGGACGUCGUGUCCGUGAAAAGUUUGAAGCCGACAAGGCUAGUAUACAUCAAAUAACAGAGAAUGUUGGACUAAUGAUUGGAUUGGGGUCGUCAUUACCGCUGGACUUGGCCAAGGAAUACAUCUCAAGAGUAUCUAUUCAAUUCAAUAAGAAAUUCAAGUUGGAAUCUGCUCCUCUGAUUGAACUUUCCAACUCCCAAAUGGGACAUGCAUUGCCAACUGCUCGAACCACUUUGCAGGUCUCUGAAUCUGCUUUGUCAAAUCAGCCAUCAUCAGAAACCAAUAUUACAAUUGGUCUCAUCUCCAAGUUCAACACAUGGUUUCUUGGUGAACUUUGUAUAUUUGUAGAUAGCUUUGAUGUUUAUUUUCUGCGUCAGUAUGAAACACCAGCAAAUUUUCCUUUAUCUAGUCAAACUAGAGAUUCGUUAAAUAUUCGACAAUCUGUAUUAGCAGAUAGUCGAUCAGCGCCAAUCAAUGACCAAUCAACUGCUUUGCUUAAAGCAAGUUUAAAUAUGGCUCAGAUGUCUCAAGAAGACCGAGAAGAGGCUCGAAGGUUGCUUUUUCUUUUUAUCGAGCAGACACAAAGCGCAUAUUUUAGUUUGGUUGAAACUCUAUUGCAGCUUCCAAACGAUAUUUCGCGCGCAUUGCCAACAUUGUAUGUUGAGAUUCUUGCUACAAUUCGCACUGACAUUACCAAAAUAGAGGCUAUUAGUGAGCCUUCUUUAGCAUUGCCUUUUGGAGCUGAUGGACUCAAAUCAACUCGAGUACUAUCCUCAUUAUCAGCUAGUAUGAACUCACGAUUGGAUGAAAUGUCUAUUUUUAUUCUAAACAAAAUCAUUUUUGGAGUUUUUGGAAAAGUCAGGCAGGAGUUUUCUGUCCGAUGGAAAGAGGUUCAGAUUACUUCUCAAGUAGAUGUUUUUACUACUGUGCGUUAUAUCACCAGCUGGAUAAAGGAAACUUUGAUUGCGCACGCAUUGCCUAUUUUGGAAAACUUUAUUUUUCCAGAACCAUCUCAGCAAGUUGGAAGCAAAGUGGAUGUAAUUGCCAAACAAAUUCGAGAUACCCUCCUGGUGUUUUGGACAGAUUUAGGAAACGACAUGCUUCGGGAAACUUCAGCCGAUCUACGGUUUUCUGCAGAGCAUGAUGCCACUGUAGUGCCGUUAUCAACGCUACAAACUUCAAAAACUGUUACUGAACCUAUGCGUAUUCUGAUUUUAUCAAGACUGGCAUUGGAAUGGUCAAAGGGAUCGAUUGAGUCUGUAUUCUCUAUGUAUGCUGAAAGAAUACUAAUGGCUGGAUCGCCGCACGAUGUUGCGAAUGAUCGUAGUGGAGCAUCGAGUCCAUCCAAAUCUUCUGUUCGUUCUCAAAAAAGUGAUGUUAGCUCACCUACAAUUACUUUAGAUCAAGAUCUUAUGUCCAAAGCACAUGAGAUUGCUAGCACAUAUCGCCGCACCUCUCAGAGCCUACUACUGCGAUAUGUGCAGAUUCAUGUAUGCGGUAUCACAAACAGAAUCAAAAAAUACAUGGACGAUCUUUUACGUGGGGCUGUCGAUGUUCCAAUUCGCAGUGUUUCAAAGAUAUGGCUUGAGUUAUCGAUCGAGCUUCAAAACAUUCAACGCGAUGUUAAAAGCAGCAUAGAUGAAGAGUCUACAGGCGACUCGCGACGACGAUCAUUGGAGACAACUAAAAGAGCUCGAACCAAUUUUCCUGGGUUGAGAAAUUCUGGAUCUGCAAUGAUUUCCAAUGGAGGAUCAUCAGCCAAUACGUUAGCAAGUAGUGGUGGAAGCAAUAUCAGUCUUGGUAUUUCUGGUCGGCCUACUGCCACAUUACGAUAUGCUUCAUCUAUGGCUUCUACAGGCAGCACCAAUGGUGCAUAUGGAUUAGGAUCUGGAGGAAAUGGAAAUAACUUAACACGCCCAACUACAAUAGUACGGCAUGCACCUUUUGCACAAUUUUCUGCUGCUAGCAAUGUGCCUGCUCGUACCCCAGAGCGAUUUGAAUCCUUGUUAAACGACAUAGACAAGUUAUUUGAAGAGCGCGUUGAGUAUUUGCCAUCUGUUAUUGAGUUUAGUCGCAGCGCAGUGAUGAGCGCUCUCGCUAAAAUGAUAAUCAAGUGUCUAACUGAGCAAGUGAGGGUAUCUGUUUUGCCCGGACCAGCAUUUCAACAGAUUCAAGUGGAUGUUGCCUAUUUACGCACUCAAUACUGGUGUCAUAUCAAAGAUGAGCGUCUGCUGACAUCAUUACUAGAUACCUGUAUUCAUAAUGCAUCACAGCGAUGUCUUGAUCCAAUUGUAUUAGACUCUUUGGUUAUUGACAAGGUCAUUAGUCUUUUCAUUAAAUAAAUGGAGUGAAUUAUUGAAUA